GGACUCAUGCUAUCCCAGCAUGCAAUAGUCGGAGCUGCACCCGAAACGCGCAGCCGCGGACCAACGUGCGUGAAUACGGAAAGAAAAAUUAAUAAAUGAAAAUUUAAUUUAGCCGGAUUAUUAUUGUAUUACAAUCAACACAAACAUUCAUUUAUCUGUACUGAUACGGUGAUCUUGGAGGGAACGAACGACCGAAGGUUUAGCUAGCUACUGAAAAUGUCCCUGGUUUGUGCAAUAUCAAAUGAGGUCCCGGAGCACCCGUGCGUGUCGCCGGUGUCCAACCAGGUGUUCGAGCGGCGGCUGAUUGAGAAGUACAUAGCUGAGAAUGGAGCUGACCCUAUGAAUGGGCAGCCUCUGUCAGAGGAACAGCUGAUAGAUAUUAAAGUCUCUCACCCCAUCAGACCCAAAGCUCCCUCAUCCACUAGCAUCCCAGCCAUCCUCAAAGCUCUGCAGGACGAGUGGGAUGCGGUGAUGCUCCACAGUUUCACCUUGAGGCAGCAGCUGCAGACAACGCGUCAAGAACUAAGCCACGCCCUCUACCAGCACGACGCCGCCUGCAGGGUCAUCGCCCGUCUCACCAAGGAGGUCACUGCCGCCAGAGAGGCUCUGGCCACUCUGAAGCCACAGGCAGGAUUGGUGGUGACUCAGGCAGUCGCUUCCCAGCCCCAUGUCACGGCUGGAGGUGCAGGAGAGCCCAUGGAGGUCAGUGAGCAGGUGGGAAUGAUACCAGAGAUCAUACAGAAGCUGCAAGACAAGGCCACGGUCCUGACCACGGAGAGAAAGAAGAGAGGAAAGACAGUUCCAGAAGAGCUGGUCCGAACGGAGGACCUCAGCAAGUACAGACAAGUCGCUACCCAUGCUGGUCUCCACAGUGCCAGUGUGCCUGGGAUCCUGUCUCUGGACCUGUGUCCCUCCGACACCAACAAAGUGCUCACUGGCGGGGCUGAUAAGAACGUGGUGGUGUUUGAUAAGAAGGAGGAGCAGAUCAUCGCAACCCUGAAAGGACAUACCAAGAAGGUCACCUCUGUCAUCUACCACCCCUCUCAGUCGGUAGUGUUCUCAGCCUCUCCAGACAGCACUAUCCGCGUGUGGUCCGUUACCGGGGGCAACUGUGUCCAGGUGGUGCGGGCUCACGAGGCGAGCGUCACCGGGCUCUCCCUCCACGCCACCGGAGACUACCUGCUCAGCUCCUCCGAGGAUCAGUACUGGGCCUUUUCUGACAUCCAAACAGGUCGUGUUCUCACCAAGGUCACUGAUGAGGCUGCAGGAUGUGCUCUGACCUGUGCCCAGUUCCACCCUGACGGUCUGAUCUUCGGGACGGGGACGGCCGACUCUCAGAUCAAGAUCUGGGACCUGAAGGAGCGCACCAACGUGGCCAACUUCCCCGGCCACAUCGGCCCUGUCACCUCCAUCGCCUUCUCUGAGAACGGAUACUACCUGGCUACAGGUGCACAGGACAGCUCAGUGAAGCUCUGGGAUCUGAGGAAGCUGAAAAAUUUCAAAACCAUCACCCUGGACAACAACUAUGAGGUGAAGUCCCUGGUGUUUGACCAGAGUGGGACGUACCUGGCUGUGGGUGGCACUGACAUCAGGGUCUACAUCUGUAAGCAGUGGUCCGAGGUCCUCAACUUCACAGAACACACUGGGGUGGUGACAGGCGUGGCUUUCGGGGAGCACGCCCAGUUCCUCACCUCCACUGGAAUGGACAGGAGCCUCAAAUUCUACAGCCUGUAACAACACAGAUCAUAUGAGCAGAGUGAUGGAUGUCUCUGAUUGGCUGGCCUCUGAGGUCACGCUGAGGAUGUAUGCAUGGGAAGAGACUUUGGCUGUGUCCCAAAUGGCACCCUAGGGAAAAGGAUUCCAUCUGGGGGGGGGACAGACCCUGCAGCAGUUGAUCAGAAGGGACAUGCAGCUUGAUUGGAUAAUAAACUGAGGCUAGAAUGUAAGAAUGGAUUUUUAACUGAUAUGCUCUUAAUAAUAAGGAUCGGACCCUUUUUUUCAAUUUUCGCCUAAAAUUACAUCCCUAAAUCUAACUGCCUGUAGUUCAGGAACUGAAGCAAGGAUAUGCAUAUUCUUGAUACCAUUUGAAAGGAAACACGUUUGAAGUUUAUGGAAAUGUGAAAUUAAUUUGAGAUUUACAAAAGAAUACAAAAAAACCAUCAGCUUUGAAAUGCAAGAGAAAGGCCACAAUGCAUUAUUGCAGUUUAGGUGCAAUUUAGAUUUUGGAGUGUAUGUGCAAAGUUUUAGACUGAUCCAAUGAACCAUUGCAUUAAUGUUCAAAAUGUUGUAUGAAGUCUGCCCAAAUGUGCCUAGUUGGUCUAUUGAUACAUUUUCAGUACAUAACUGUGCACUCUCCUAAAACAAUAGCAUGGUAUUCUUAGCUACUGUAAAUUGGACAGUGCAGUUAGAUUAACAACCUGCCCAGGGGCUGCAGUUGAAAAUUAGCUGGCUGGCUAAAACCGGCACUUAUACUGAAACGUUGAUUAAUGUGCACUGUCCCUGUAAAAAAUAAACUCAAACAAGAAUUCAA